AUGUUUAGCAGCUGAAGUGUUCAUAUGUACGUGGUUGCUAACGUUAGCUGACGCUACAGUCUCUACGAGCUGACAUUGCACCUGAGAGGCAGUAACGUUUUUGAGUGUGAACCAUUUUUUUCAUACAACAAACAAAAUAUAAACCGAGAAAGGAAAAGCUAAAUAUAUUCUAUAAUCUUCUAUUUUUCAGAGCAGAGAUAGACUCAACAAAAUCGUAGCAUUGGUCGUGGAUGAACUGAGGGAUAAGUAGCUUUUUGCCUCCUUGAAUAUUACUCUUUAUAAUACAGAGCAGAGUGUUCAGUAACCUUGAGUGAAAGGUAGGUAGCUUUGCCUGGCGGUCUCUUGCAUGGUUCGAUGUGCAUUGCAUCAACUGUUUAGAUAAGUUAAUCUGUACAGCAGCAAGCUAUUGCUCUCUCUCUCCACCUAUACUUUGGCUGUGACUCUACUUCAUUCUUCCACCUCCAACCAUUGACAUCCAUUGAUGAUCAUGGAUCCAGCAUGACAACAGAUACAUUUUUGGCCCAUAUGACCUUUCUAAUAUUUUAAAUGUGCCAGGGUGUCCCCCCUCUCUAUGUGUGGUCCCUAAUGGGCGGCUGGUCUCGUAGUGCCGUGCUGGAGCUGUACCGGGCGCUGCUCCGUGCAGGGCGUCACCUUCAGUACACUGACCGUAAUUACUAUCGUCGUGCUGUGGCUCGCGAGUUUCGUCGCUGUCAAGCACUGACAAUACCUGAAGAUAAGGAGGACGCACUGAAGAGGGGCCAGUUCUUUCUCAGCAGCCGAUUGGGUGGGCUUAUGUAG